AAUUCCUUGCAUUGAUUAUACGUACCAUCUCUCCUUGAAAAUGUAUAAAUGCAUAGACUACGACACACAUCCCCCGAUAUUCCCAACAAAAGACAAUUAACCUAACCCACAAAGCUAAGCUUAUGAGCAUCUCAUCAAGCCAAGAUGAUUAGGAGGAGCUCUUUCUUUCUCUUCUUCUUUUUUUGUUUCGCAGCAGAAAACAGCAGUAGUAGUAUCCCAGUUAACGUAGGUGUGAUUCUUGAUUUUGAUGAGGUUGGCAGGAUGUGGCUCAGCUGCAUCAGCAUGUCUCUGCUAGACUUCUAUGCAGCCCAUGGAGACUACAAAACCAGGCUCGUUCUUCACACCAGGGAUUCCAAGGACGAUGUCGUUUCUGCGGCUGUAGCAGCUGUGGAUCUGAUAAGCAAUGUGAAAGCAGAAGCAAUCAUAGGGCCAACAACAUCCAAGCAAGCUAAUUUUGUGAUUGAGCUCGGAGAAAAAGCUCAGGUGCCCAUUAUUUCUUUUACUGCCUCAGUUCCUUCCCUUGCAUCCAUCAAGAGGCCUUACUUCUUUAGAUCAAGAGAUAGUGACAAAACUCAAUUGAAGGCCAUAGCUGCAAUAGUUAAAAAUUUUGGAUGGAGAGAAGUAGUGCCCAUCUACGUUGAUGACCUCUAUGGAGUUGGAAUCUUACCUUAUCUAUUUGAUGCAUUACAAGCAGUUGGUGCUAGUGUUCCCUACCAGAGUGCCAUUUCUCCAUGGGCCAGUGAUGUUGACAUUUUGAAAGAGCUUUACAAGCUGAAAACGAUGCAAACAAGAGUUUUCAUUGUUCACAUGCUUCCUUCUCUUGGUGCUCGCCUUUUUACCAAAGCUAAAGAAGCCGGAAUGAUGAGUACAGGCUAUGUUUGGAUCAUGACUGAUGGGGUAACUAAUUUAUUAAGUUUGUUGAAUGAUUCAACCAUUGAUUCAAUGCAAGGAGUUCUGGGUGUUAGACCUUGUGUUCGCAAAACAAAGGAGUUGAAAAAUUUUCGACUUCGAUGGAAAAGAAAAUUACAUCGAGAGCAACCUGACUUGGUUGAUGCUGAACUGGACAUUUAUGGAUGGUUGGCCUAUGAUGCUACUAUGGCUUUGGCCAUGGCAAUUGAGGAAGUUGCUGGGAAUAGUACAAACUUAGUGAUGAAAGAAGCUAAUGUUUCUAGCAAUUUACUUCUUGAAACUAUUGGGGUUUCUAAAAAUGGUAAAAAACUUAGUGAGGCACUGUCAAGUAUUAGUUUCAAGGGCCUCACAGGAGAUUUCCAUUUUGUUAAUCAACAACUACAGUCAUCCGCUAUCCAAAUUGUUAAUAUAAAUGGUGUUGAGCCAAAAGGAAUUGGAUUUUGGACAUCAGAGAGGGGACUUUUCAAAAGAUGGAAGUUGAACUCAACCACAAAUGUGUAUUCAACUUCUCAAUCCAAACUUGCAACCAUUAUCUGGCCAGGGGAGCCAACUUCGAAUCCUAAAGGUUGGGAUAUCGCAACAAGUGGGAAGAGGUUGCGAAUUGGGGUGCCAGUCAAGGAUGGUUUCACUGAAUUUGUGAAGGUUACGAGAAACGUUAAGACUAAUAUUACAGAUGUAACAGGAUAUUGCGUCGACGUUUUUGAUGCAGUAAUGGAUCAGUUACCUUAUGAUGUUGCUUAUGAUUACUUCCCCUUCGCCAAUUCUGAAGGGGAGAGUGCUGGAACUUACAAUGACUUAAUCCAUCAAGUCUACUUAGGGGAAUUUGAUGUUGUGGUCGGAGAUGUGACAAUUCUGGCUAAGCGAUCCAUCUAUGUUGACUUUGCGAUGCCUUAUACGGAAGCUAGUAUAUCAAUGGUGGUGCCGAUCAAAGAUACCAAGAACGACAACGCCUUGAUCUUUUUGAAGCCUUUUAAAUUGGACCUUUGGGUGACAACAUUUUGUUCCUUUGUCGCCGUUGCAUUUGUGAUUUGGGUUCUCGAACACAGAAUAAACAAGUCUUUUCGAGGACCUCCUUCACAACAAGCAGGCACCAGCUUAUGGUUUGCCUUUUCAACCAUGGUUUUUUCCCCACAAGAGAAGGUGCUCAACAACUUGGCUAGGAUAGUGGUAAUCAUAUGGAGUGUAGUUGUACUCAUUAUCACUCAGAGUUACACUGCAAGUUUAUCCAGCCUUCUAACAGUUCAACAACUGCAGCCUUCAGUUACUGAUGUAACUGAGCUGAUUAGAAACAGGGAAUUUGUGGGGUACCAUAAGGACUCUUUUGUUAAAGAAAUUUUGAUAGGACUGGGAUUUCAAGAUUCCCAGCUCUUAAACUACACUUCUAUUGAAGAAUGUCAAGAACUUCUUUCAAAAGGAAGUGAAAAUGGUGGUAUUGCAGCAGCAUUCGAGCAAUUCCCGCUUGUGAAGCUUAUUUUGGCACGAAAUUGCUCCAACUAUGCCUCAGUUGAAGCCCGUACAUUUAUGUCGAAAUUCCCAAAUCAGAAAAAAAUAGCAAACAACAUUCAACAAUUUAAAACACGUGGCUUUGGCUUUGCAUUUCCUUUAGGUUCUCCUCUGGUGCCUGAUGUAUCAAGAGCGAUUCUAAAAGUGACUGAGAGUGAUGUGAUGGGAAGAAUAGAAGAUAAGUGGUUGAGCACAAAGAGCAUUUGUGCAGGUCAAGCCAACUCUUUCUCCUCUAGUAGACUUGGUCAACACUGGGAAGAGUUAAGGACCUCUAAUUCAAUGUGGAGUAGAAUCGUUGAUUUCUUUAGAAUCUUCAACCAAAAGGACUCCAAAUGGCAUACUUUCAGAAGUGAAGUGAAUAAAGGCAGCACUGAUGGCCCCUAUCCCCAUGGAGAGCAAGGGGCUGAUUCCUCUGCCGUGCAUGAGGGUUCUGUAGAGCUUGCUGAUCUCAGUCCAACCGAACAUUCUACAGAUCUCAGUCCAACCGAACAACCACAUCAAGAGGUAGCCCCAUUUGGAAUUGAUAUUUUGCCUACCAAUCCAAAACAACUUAUGCCAACGGCAACUCCAAUAAAUCAUCACCACACCAAUUGA